UUCCUUUUCUCUCGUUUCAUUCUAUCUCCUUCUCUCUCUCUCGCUAUAAUCUAGUCUCUCCUGAACAUCUCUCAUUUCAAUCUAGUCUCUUCUCCUCCUGAGAGAGAAAGCACUUUCAGUGAGGGAGAGAGAGAGAGAGUCUCUGUUGAAAGAGAAUGGCGGAGUGCAUGAAGAUGAAGACAGGCGCAGGGUGUAGAAGGAUCAUGAAGAGGGGAGGCAUGAGGAAGCCCAGAAGAAUCCCCCCAAGCAGGCGCGGCGGCCUGAAAGGCCAGCCGCUUGGUGGUGGGAGCGACAGAGGGUCGAUCUCCGCCAAGUUGGUGGCGCUCCAGGGCCUGGUGGCGGCGGGAGGGAGGAUGAAGGUGGAGACGCUGUUCCAGGAGACGGCCAAGUACAUCCUCUGCCUGAGAACCCAAGUCCAGAUCUUGCAACGCUUGGUUGAGCUCUACGGCGGCGAUGAUGGUGGUGAUUGUGGAGGCGAAGGAAGAUGAGGGGAGGCGCAGGGAACGAUGGUUCUUGUCUUGGGGUUUGUACUUUGUACAGUAAAACUGCAUGGGUUCCAUUUUUUUUUUUUUGGGUUUAUUUUCUCAUUUUCCCCUCAUUUUGCUCUUAGCUUCUUGGUAGCUAGUCCGGCUUCUUUUUGUUCCUUCACAAAGUAGAAAGUCUGCUAUUUCCUUUCAA